AUGGAUGUUUGCGAUUCCGGGGCCAAAAGCACAGUCAGCCCACUAUUGGGCGCCAGAAUUGUCAGAAUAUGUCAUAAAUACCGCAAUACAGGCAUUGAAUUGCAUUCAAUCCUAUAUUACUUUCACAAAGAAUUUUUGUAUGAAUUGGAUCUCAAGUCAGAGGGUUUUGACACCAUUGAAGGGCUCAUUGAAUGCCUGGUUCGUGAUGACUAUCCUCUGGAAGUGAUCGAUGGCUGCGAUGGUAUCCGUCGACUGGUGUCCGACAAACGGAAAUACUUUUACUGGUUGUCUGUCGUCAAAGUCGGCAAACGGUAUGAUAUGUUGGAUAUAUUGGCCGACAUUCCCGACGAUGUGAUGCCUUGCGGUCACGAAUUGCCAGAAUUUCAAUUCCCCGAUAAUGUGGUCGUCAAUGGUUUGCCAGAAAUACUUUCCGGCAAUAUUCUCAACGAACUUCACUUUUGUAAAGUGAGACUAAUGUCUGUGAAGAGUCCUCACGAGAUGUUUGUCCACAUCUGCGACGACGACCACCACUACGCCUAUCAUCGGUUGAGGACUGAAAUGAGAUCCUAUGAUAAGGCGGACAAUGAGGACAAGUAUCGGGUGCCGAGUCUGCUAUUGUUUGAGGGCUUACUUUGUGCCGUCCGUUAUCAUAGAAUAUGCGAUGAAUGGCACAGAAGUAUCAUAUUAUCCGUCAAUAGGGAUAAUAAAUGUCGACUACUUUUGGUUGACAUCGGCGAUGUGAUUGAAGCGGACGCCAAAGACAUGCGGCUAUUACUGCAAAAGUACGGCCAACUGCCGGCUCAGGCACUCAAAGUCCAGUUGACUGCCAUCCGACCGAUCGGUAAAUCGGGUCAACACUGGUCUCAAUGGGCGAAGAGUUUUGUCAAACGACUCGAAGAGUAUAACUAUUGCGGGAAAAUUGAAUGCGCUUUCAUUGACCGCCAGUCCGACAGAUAUCGGGUUUUCAUUAAAUAUUACGAUAAGAUUAAGUCAAUUAAUACAAACGAUUUGCUAUUUUUGCACCAAAUAUUAGUGGAGAAACAAUUGGCGAUUAUCUCCGGUAACGAUAAACCUAUUGAUUGA